UCGCCCAAAAGGUGCCCUACGAUGUGGCCCACGCCCUGCUGCUCCUCAGCUUCCGCGAGGCGUGGCGCGCCGCCCUGGCGUGCGCGGAGAGGGGCGGCCGCGGCGGCUGCCCGGCCCGCGAGGGCCUCCCGGGCGCGCUGCUGGCGCACCAGAGGGCCGAGGAGGCCCGCGAGGCGUGGGAGGUGUUUGGCGAGCGCUGGGCAAAGGGCCCCCAUGGGGAGAGGGAGGGCGCAGAGGUGGUCAGGGCAGUCACCGACAUGGCCACGUCGGCGGCUCUGCACUGCACAGCCGCGCGGGUUUGGCCAGCCUCCGCCCCGGGAGGCAAGAGGGGCCUGAAGGAGCAGCGCGGCGAGGUUGAAGAGCACUACCGGAGCUUCGAGGCGGCGACUUCAGCUCUCAAGGAGCAUGGAGGUGUCCUGGCGCCAAACCUGCGCCACUCGAUCUCUGCGCUCCUGUGGAACCUCGGCUGGCAUGCGGCGAACGCCGUCGGAGGCAUGCUGGACGAGGCGCCAGACGAGGAGGAAGAGGAAGAAAGCGGAGAAGAGGGAGAGGGUGAUGGUGAUGAUGCCGCAGGCGAAGAAGACGAAGAGGACGAGGACGACCUCGACAAGCGUUUCGGGGACGACUAUCCAGGCUCGUCCGACGACCACGUCGACGACCUCAGGAGCGCCCUGAACGCGUUCCGGGAGUGUUUCUGGGACGCGAAGCCCUGGCGCGGCGUCUCCUUGAGUCUGGCAUCCUUGGACGAGGCCGGGGCGUGCGCCGAGUUGGAGGCCAUCGGGGCCGUGCCUGGGCUCUUCGGCGAGCCGGGUCUGAACGCCGUGCGCCUGGUUGUCGGCGGCCGCUCAGGCGAGAGGGACGCCCUGGGCGCGGUGGCGCGGAGCGCGCUGCUCAGGGCGAGGCAGCUGAGCCUGCAGGUGGUGCUGGAGUUGCCGGCGGUGCCCGGGAAGGAGCACGAGGCGUGGCUGCGGGAGGCGGCAGCAUCGGCCGCCGAGGCUGGCUGCGUGCGGGGCGUGGCCCUCCCCCGCCUGGCCGCGG